GCGUAUUGGAAAAUCAAGCGUCAGUGGCGUGGUGCUAAACCCUUUCAAUAAUCCCUUCGACCUCGCCGCCAAUGGCGUCGUUCGCCGCUCCCGUUCAUCUCCUUCCUAUCACCUCAUCCGCCGCCGCCGCUCGCCGUCGUCGGGGCACAUCCUCUGUCGUGUCGCGCAAUUCAUUUACCCAAUGCAAUCUCUCAUCUACCCCUUCCGAUUCCUCUUCACAAAACCCUAAACCCUCGAAAUUUCCGCCGCCGCUUCUCACCGGCGUUUUCUCCGCCAAAUCGGCAGGUGUAGCCGCAGCCUCCUGCAUUUUGUUUCGUCUGGCGACCCCGAUCUUGGGCAAAUUUGGUUUCAAUUUCGGCGGCGGUGGGGGAGGCGGCGGGGGAAGUGGAGGCGGUGGUGGAGGAGGAGGAGGAGGAGAAGGAGGGGAAGGCGGUGAUUUCUGGUCUCAGACUCUUUCUCCGGCGGCCGUCGCUAAAGACGAUGACCCCGAACAGGAGUGGGAUUCGCACGGCCUGCCGGCGAACAUUGUGGUCCAGUUGAACAAGCUCAGUGGAUUCAAGAAAUACAAAGUGUCCGACAUUCUGUUCUUCGAUAAAAGGCGCGCAUCGACUGUAGGCACUGAGGAUUCCUUCUUCGAAAUGGUGUCACUGCGGCCAGGGGGAAUUUAUACGAAAGCUCAGCUUCAAAAGGAGCUUGAAUCUCUGGCUACUUGUGGAAUGUUUGAAAAAAUCGAUUUAGAAACAAAAACGAAUCCCGACGGGACAAUCAAGAUAACAAUACCAUAUCUUGAGUCCACAUGGCAGUAUGCAGAUAGAUUCAGAUGCAUUAAUGUUGGGUUAUUGCCGCAGUCGAAGCCGAUCGAAAUGGACCCUGAUAUGACAGAAAAGGAGAGGAUAGAGUUUUGGAGGAGCCAAGAGAAGGAUUAUAAGAGAAGAAUUGAGAGGGCGAGGCCAUGUUUGUUGCCUAUGUCAGUGGAGAGGGAGAUACUUAAGAUGUUGGCGGAGCAUGGGAAGGUGAGCGCGCGGUUGUUGCAGAAGAUUAGGGAUCGGGUUCAGCAGUGGUAUCAAGAGAAUGGGUAUGCGUGUGCCCAAGUUGUUAAUUUUGGGAAUUUGAAUACGAAAGAGGUGAUUUGUGAAGUGGUAGAGGGUGAUAUCACGCAGUUGGUGAUUCAGUUUCAGGAUAAACUUGGAAAUGUUUGUGAGGGGAAUACACAAUAUCCUGUGAUAAGGAGAGAAUUGCCGAAGCAGCUUCGACAAGGAAAGGUUUUUAACAUUGAGGCCGGAAAGCAAGCAUUGAGAAAUAUCAAUGCUUUGACUCUUUUUUCCAACAUUGAGGUAAAUCCGCGACCUGAUGAGAAAAAUGAAGGGGGUAUUAUUGUUGAAAUCAAGCUAAAGGAGCUGGAACAGAAGUCUGCUGAAGUCAGUACCGAGUGGAGUAUUGUUCCUGGUGCUGGUGGUCGUCCUACAUUAGCUUCAAUUCAACCAGGUGGAACUGUUUCCUUCGAACACCGUAAUAUUAAAGGUUUGAAUAGGUCACUUCUAGGUUCGGUGACCACCAGCAACUUUCUCAAUCCCCAGGAUGAUCUUGCUUUCAAGCUAGACUAUGUUCAUCCAUAUGUAGAUGGUGUGUACAACCCUCGUAAUCGCACAUUCCGUGCUAGCUGUUUCAAUAGUAGAAAGCUGAGUCCAGUCUUCACUGGAGGACCUGGAAUAGAAGAAGUUCCGCCCAUUUGGGUUGACCGAACUGGGGUUAAAGCCAAUAUUACGGAGAAUUUCACUCGUCAAAGCAAAUUUACUUAUGGACUUGUGAUGGAAGAGAUUACCACCCGUGAUGAAAGCAGCCACAUUUCUGCAAAUGGUCAAAGAGUUUUGCCGAGUGGUGGAGUCAGUGCUGAUGGACCACCCACAACCCUUAGCGGCACUGGAGUUGACAGAAUGGUGUUUCUGCAGUCAAAUAUAACUCGCGACAAUACCAAAUUUUUGAAUGGAGCAAUAGUAGGAGAGAGAAAUGUGUUCCAGCUCGACCAAGGACUUGGAAUUGGCAGCAAGUUUCCCUUCUUUAAUCGACACCAAUUAACAAUGACAAGAUUUUUCCAGCUAAAGGAAGUAGAAGAAGGUGCUGGGAAGUCACCUCCUCCGGUUUUAGUUCUCCACGGCCACUACGGAGGAUGUGUUGGAGAUCUACCCAGUUACGAUGCAUUUACUCUCGGUGGACCUUAUUCUGUCCGAGGUUAUAACAUGGGAGAGCUGGGAGCUGCAAGAAAUAUACUAGAGUUGGCUGCCGAGCUGCGGAUACCUGUUAGAAAUACACACGCGUAUGUGUUUGCAGAACAUGGCAAUGAUCUUGGGAGCUCUAAAGAUGUGAAAGGCAAUCCGACUGAAGUAUACAGGAGAAUGGGUCAAGGAUCUUCGUAUGGUGUUGGGGUGAAGCUCGGAUUGGUGCGAGCAGAAUAUGCUGUUGAUCAAAACUCUGGAACUGGUGCGAUAUUCUUCAGGUUUGGCGAGCGAUUCUGAGGUAACAUUCUAUGAAUUUUUUGAAAUGAGAGUUUAGUUCAAAAUUUUCUUGGGAGUUUGAGCUUAAUGUUUGAAGAUAAUUUAAUGAAUUUCGGGUGUACUAAUUGUGCCCUCUGAUGUUUUUGUUAAGAACAGUUGGUUGUCAAUAUUUCUUCCAUGCACACAGACAGUUUUUAUGAUAUAUGAAUGAAUGAUUGAUUUUCAAUAA